GGCACCAGCUACAUUCAUACAGAGAGAAAAGAUCGUCUAGAAAAAAUGCGUUCAAAGAAUCAUCCAGCGGCAGAUGAAUAGGAUACAUCAUUAGAAAAGCACGAAUUUCGAGACGAGAAGCUGACGAAAGUGGAGGUAGACCUUCUGCGCUUCAAAGUUUGCCGUUAGCUCGUCGAGCACCGUCAAGCAUGUCUUUAGUUGUUGGUGGAACUCAUCUCUUCGCCUGAAAAUGGUGGGGUUGAUGAAAGAAAACUAUAGACGGCAUCGGCAACAAACGCUCACGUCAUCGAAGCCUAGUACCUACCGGGAAAGCUCUUCAAAGUAUUUGGCCGCGGAAAGCUCCUUACCGACUAAUCGAAGCUCUGAACGAGCGACUGCGUAUAAUCAUCAGACCUUUCACAGUUUACCAGUCAGCGAAUCGGACGAAAAUAAUUGGUUUAUGUCAGUACCAAUUUCAAACAUUACAUCGAUCAAAGGUGCGAUUCAGAGUCGUGUCGUUCGGCAGAGGCGAUCAGAGUACUUUGCUCAGUUGUCUCCACCAACCUAUCGAAACAGCGUGAAUAGCGGCCACGUAGUCGGACAAUCCAAGGAGGCAACCGUCGGCCCCGGUUGCACGUAUUCGUCUCAAGGGCUGCUUUCGUUCGAAGCUUGUCAGAAACAACAGCGGAAAUCAACACGUACAUAUGCCGAAUUGCCGUAUCAGAACUCCAACGCUAAUUACGGUUGGGUGAGCAAUGAGCAGUGGGACUGCUCCAACAGUCUACCUGGUGCGCGGCAACUGGCAUUACAGAACGACGCCGGCCGGAUCGAAACUAAUGAACGGUGCGUGAACAUACACUCAGCCACUUCGAGCAGAUAUCCAGAUCUGCUGCGGGAGAAGUCGAUUGUCAGUGACCAGUCGAACGCCUACAAGCCUAUGAUCGAUGGCGAGCUUUCCGAGCGAUCAGACAGAGCUUACGCAGAACAACACGCACAUCAAUCACAAAGUCAGGAAGAAAGUCUCCGUGUGGAUGGGAACAGUUUAAACAUCAAUUGUCUUUCACAAAUCUAUCAAGGGUCAGGCGAACCUUCAAUGUGUAUGCCUAACGGAAAAGACAAAAACUCGGUCGAGUCGUUGUUUCACGAUUGGAAAAGCAAAAUGGACUGGCAAAGUCUCCUAGCUACCGACCAUAACGAGGUGCAGCAACGUUUACUAGAAAGCGCCUCUAAUGACACUUCAAACUAUCAGGAGUAUUUGUCAACGUCAGCCAACGUAAUGCAACCAAUGCGUCGCCGUAGGGCUUCGUUUGGAUUAUGCGAUGCGCUCGACCUUACGCGGAAUCCGCCAGUACCUAACGAAGCUAACUAUAAUACUACAAGCCUUAUUUUCCAGUAACGAUCUCACGAAAAACUGUCUUGCAUAACUUGUUAGAUUAUUAAUAUUUUUGCCGUCUCAAUGCUACCGUCGUCGUGACGCUAUCGUUAACGUGGCAAGAUAAAGUCGUUAAAAGUUUAGUAACAUCCCAAACCGGGGGAAAUACGUAGAAAAAUUAGAAUAGGAUACCGCUCUAUGUUCUCCAUGCAAUAGAAGAUCGUUGACAAUAAAUAGAUACCGACUUCUACUUAACUAGCGCACCCCUAGGGCGCUUCGGGGGUGGCUUCCCGUAGACAACAACCUAUAUUGAGAAUUGAAUCAACAUGAACGUGUCACCUUAACAUUGUGCUUGAGAUACAUAUACACAUAUAUAUUGUAAAUUCUGCACGAAGAAUUUUGUAGAGUUAUUUCGUUGCGUUUAAACACGCGUGUCUAAACAAAGAUAGCCGUAAGUUAAAUACGUUGCUUUCCAACCUGCUAACUUUAGCUUCUUCGCUCAGACCUUAGGUUAACACAUUUUCUUCGACACAUUUAUUGCGUUUUUGGUGCUCGUCGUCAGUGAUACGUCAUGGAAGAAGUUGAGAAAGUUAUAGCUGGUAUUUUUAUGUAUUUUCAAAACUAUAGCCAUGUGUAAAAAGUAUGGUAAUGGUCAAAGAACAACGAUCUUAGCAGGGAACAACAACAUCACCUAGUGUUUUUUUUAUCGUUGCAAUUAUUACACAGCAUAAUUAUGCCGUAUCAAUGGAUUAUGUCUUA